UCCAUACCUAAAUCGAAAGUAAAUAGAAAAUAUUCGCAAUUUUUGCCUGUAUUUUUUGUGUGACAAAAUGGUGUCGCGAUUCGAUCAACAAAAGACAAAGCACCAGCUCUUCCAUGUGUCGCUCAGUCUGGCCACUAUACUGAUAUGCAUGACUUACAUGCAGUAUCGCCGCAAUUGGGCGCAUCUGGGCAGCUUCUGGGAUUCACUGAUCGUGCCAAUUGUCUUCAUUGGCGAACUGCUCAAAGUAAUAUUGGCCCGUUUCUUCGGUCGCAUCGAGGAUGGCGUAUUAACCGUUAAGCAACGUCAGAAAAAGGCCGCCUAUUUCACGCCACGUGAACUGCUCGGCGGACUUACGUUGCAAUUUCUGUGCACGCUACUCUACGCAUUUAUCUGCAUUAUUUUGGGUGCACCAGUCUUGGCUAACUACGAGCAGACCUUUGUGCUGUCCCUCCUGAUGACACUGUUAACAGUUUCGCCCACAGUCUUCCUCCUGGGCGGCGGUGGCGCCUUACAGGUCUGUUUCUGUGAGAAGCCCGACUUUGUGACCAAGUGCGAGGACACGGCGCUCCAUCUGUUCAAAUACAAUGCCCUGGGCGGCAUUCUGGGCGCUUGGGCUGGUAGUGUGGUUGCCCCGCUGGACUGGGGCCGUGACUGGCAGGUGUACCCCAUACCCAAUGUGAUUGGUGCACUGCUGGGCAGCGCUCUGGGCAACAUCUAUGCUUGUACACAUGUCCUGUACGCGUGUGGACGUGUUUACAUGAGCAAGAAACGUGCUUAAGUACAAUAAUGUAAUCAAUAUAUUGAUAUCCUGCCACCAAAUUGAAAAUGUACGUUGCGCUGCCAUCAUAUCCACAUCCAAUGAAGAAGCAAUGAAUCGCAUCGUCGUCUAGUCAACCCGCUUAUGAUUUACAGGCAUCCACAUACAUAAAUACAUAUAUAUAUAUAUAGAUAUAUAUACCAAAAAGCAAUUAACAAUACUUUAAUGUUACAAGUUUAAGCAAUUAAUUAGCAUGUACAAUUAAUUCAUUUUAAAUCAAUCAACUAAUAAACUAACAACUAACACUGCUAUUUCCUAUCUUCAUCUGUUCAUCAUCAUGUAAGACACUUGAACCCGAUACUUUCCAUAGCAUGAGACUCACUUGACAUUUAGUUCUCGUCUGUAUUUGUAGAUUUACAAAUUAAAUCAAAAUUUACGCAUA